AUGACGCUUGCUAAGCUUGCAUGUUGGGAAGCUGAAGAGCUGCUAAAGUUCAGUGUAGGAGGGGCAGGAGUGGAGAUCACAGAAAGUUUCCCAGAGGAAGAAACUUCUAAGUUUAGUGAAGCCAGAAAGAAACUUGGUGGUUACCACACCAGCCACAUCACUAUCGUUCAGGGGGCACCUUCUACUGCUAAGGAUGUGCUGAGCAAAGGCCAGAGCCCCAGAAGAAAACAAGUGUGGACUCAGCGAGCUGCCCUCAUCUGAGGGCGAACCCCACCACCAGCCCGGGGUUGGGGGGGGAUCGGUGGUCUGUGUGAUAUGGCAAUGAGCCCCGUACUGUCGGAGUUCCUGAGAGAGCUCCCAGGCUGGCUCCUGCUCUCUGGCAUCUUCCUGCCCGUGACUUUGCUGCUGUUCCUUCUCAUUGCCUACUUCAGGAUCAAGCUGAUGGAGGUUAAUGAAGAACUGUCACAGACUCCUGACCACCAACACAAUCGUAAGGCUAGCUCUUCCUGGUACCAGAGAGAGAAACGGACGUGA